AUGCCUCACAAGAUUGAAAGGCUAGAAGUCGUGCCGCUCGCACACGAGCUUCGCAAGGAUACCGAGCUGGGUGCCGAGGUUCUGCUGCCAUCGUCAAUGCCGUUGUUGGAUCUCUCGGCACUUACUGAUGAAGAUCGAGAGACUCUUAGAACUGGUCUAUUCACCCAUCAAAUCCUGGUGAUUCGCGACCAACUCGGCUUAAAUCCUACACUUCUACCACAGCUGGCCAAGAUCUUCGACUCGACAGUGAGAGAUAUACACAGCGGUGGCAAGACUCAAGUCACCGACAAGAAGAACAUUCUGUCGCAGAACAAUGGAUCGCGAAUCCCUCGUGCUCCCCAGGUGACUGUGAUUGGAAGUGGAAACACGAAUGGCCACGAAGGCAUCUCGGACCUGGAGCUGAAGCAUGUGGAUCAUGUCUCGUUCCACCAGAACCCGCUGACAGCAGAGGAGAUCGCACAAGGCUACACGAGGCCGUACCGCUGGCAUAUGGAUGCGCCUCUGUACGAAAAUCUGCCUGGCUUCGUGACAAGCCUGCACUCAAUUGAGGCACCAGAUCUUCCAGACCAAAAGAUCCGAUUCCCGGAUGGCAGCGAAAUGGAUAUUGCUGCUGGAGCAACCGCUUUCUACUCUGGUGCGAAAGGUUUCAAGUUGCUCACAGCUGAAGAGCAAGACUUUGCCAUGAACACGACCGUGCAAUACGCACCUCGCGCGUACGAGUUCAUCAGGAACUGCAAAGCGACUAACGACGGGUUCGGCAUUGCAGGAGUCGGGCAAGAGAUGCCAAUGACCGAGAUGACGCCUUUCGAAUGGGACAAAGUCCAUGCAUUUCCGAUGGUAUGGACAAAUAGAGAGACACAAGAGCCACACCUGCAGAUUCUUGGUUGCAAUGUCCUGUCUCUUCGUACCAAAAAUCCAGCGAAUGGCGAGACUACCGUGGUCGAUGAUCUCGCAGAGGUUCGACGGAUCUGUCACGGGCUGCAGAGCAAGAUCUACAAGCCAGAGCACAUCUAUGCUCAUCGAUGGCGCAAAGGUGACCUGGUGAUAUUCCAUAACAGAGGCGUACUGCACAGCAUUACCGGACAGCUCUCGAAUCGGCCAGAGAGAAGGCUUUUGUGGCAAUGUAGCAUGGCCAGUGAGACACCUCCAGUGCCGUAUCGCACGUAG